AUGACACCACCACUUGGAAGCGACGAACAUGAGACUAAGAAGUUGCAGUCCAACAAAAUUGUGCCCCGUGAUGAUGACGAAUCUGAAAAGAGUGAGGAAGAGUACCAAGCAGUAAUAUCUCCAUCUUCACCUCAGGGACUGCUCAAAAUGAGAUCAGCUUUCGACGAUCUCACCAAUGCUUCUCAGAGUCCACCUGACCAACCUAAGAAGGAAGCCAAUAAGAAGGUUGUUAAAGACAGUUCCAAGAAGAUAAACAAGAACACACCUGCUCUGCAGUUGGCCAAAAACAAUGAGAUAAAUAUAAAAAAAUAUGAAUUGGAACCCUCAACAUCAGCAGCUAACACCAUGAUACUAAACCCUGUGGAAGAAUCACUCACUGUGAAUGUAUCUACCAUUUCUAAAGCACCCACUACUGAGGAGGCAUCUCUUUCAAAAAAGCCAUUAGUUUUAAAAGAGAAACCCACUACUAGGGACACAAUCCACAUGAAGAGGUCAUUAUCUUUAAAGAAGGAUGUAAAUUGGAAUAAGACAUCUGGAUUUGUGGAGCCACAAUCCUUGCUGGAGGAGACUGAGAGUGAUUUCGAGUUUGUUUCAGAGCCAGUGACUUUUGGGAAUAAGCAUGAAACUGAGGAGGCAACUUUCCCUAAGAGAACAUUACCAUCCACGACGUUGUAUGUAAGACAAGGGAAGCAGUUCUACUGUGUGAAUGAAUUGAUCUCACUGGACAAUAACAUUGAAAAGUAUUCUAUUAUGGAGCCAAUGAACUUUAGGAAAAAACCUAAAACUGAAGAGUCUACCACCACCGAGAGGCUAUUGACCUUAAAUAAGUGUACCGCUCAGGAGAAGGUGUCGUAUAAGAGGAAGUCACUAAUGUUGCAGAAGGCCACCUCCAGAGAGGAGUUGCCCAAUAAGGAUCCACUUCCUUUUGAGAGUAAGUCUGCCACUAAGGAGUUAUGCUUUGUGAAGGAACUGACCUCGAUGGACAACAACAUUGAAAAUGAUUCUAUUAUGGAGCCAAUGAACUUUAGGAAGAAACCUAAAACUGAAGAGUCUACCACCACCGACAGGCUAUUGACUUUAAAUAAGUGUACCGCUCAGGAGAAGGUGUCUUAUAAGAGGAAGUCACUAAUAUUGCAGAAGACCACCUCCAGAGAGGAGUUGCCCAAUAAAGAACCAUUUCCUUUUGAGAAUGAGUCUACCACUAAGGAGUUCCUUUUCCAAGAGUCAUUCAAAGAGAAGCACACCACUGAGGGGGACAUUUCUGUUGUAAAGAAGCCCUUGACCCUGCAAAAGAAUCCAACUGAAGAGGAGUCACUUUUAAAGGAGCCUUUGAUUUUUAAGAAGAAGCAUACCAUUGAGGAGGAAAUCCCCAAGGAGGAGCUGGUGUUUGUAAAGAGAUAUACCACUAAAGAUAAGCCAUCCUGCUUGAAGAAGCCACUAGUGCAGACCAUUUCUGAAGAGAAGUCACUCAUUAAGGAGCCAUUGUCCUUUAAAAAGAAGCCAACCACUGAGGAGGAGUUCCUCUUCAAGGAAUCAUCUGUGUUGCCAGAGAAGCAUACCACUCAGGGGGAAGUAGCCCUCUUGAAGAAGCCUUGGGCAUUGCAGGAGAAUAUUCACAGUAAAGAUGAAUUUCUUAUGGAGCCAGUUUCCUUUAGGAAGAAAUAUACCACAAAUGAGGCAAUCUCCAGCAAGGAGCCAUUAUCUUUAAAGAAGAAAAAAUACACCACUCAAAUAAAGAUGUCCAUCUGCCAAGAAGUGUUGGACUUACAGAAUAUGAUUGGCAAAGAUAAGGAUUUCUCUGUUAAGCCAGAGCCAUUUAGGAAGAAUUCCUCAACUGAGGAAGCAAUUGAUACCAAGACACCAUUAUCUUUAAAAAGGAAGCAUAUCAUUGAUAACAAAGAGGACUCCUCGAAGAAGCUGUUGACUUUGCAGGAGAAAAGCACCACUGACGAGGAUUCCCUUUUAAAGAAAACAUCGAUUCUGAAGAAGAAGCUCUCCACUGAUGCAAUAAUAAGCACAGAUAGUAAAUUAUCUUUAAAGAAGAAGCCCACUGCUCAAGGUGAGGUGUUCCUCUUGAAGAAGCAAUCGUCCUUGCAGCAGAAGCCCAGUAUUGAGAGGGAAUCCCCCAUCACAGAAGAAUUAACUUUUCAAGGGAAGCUUGCCAUCAAUGACUCAUUCAAUUUAAAGAAAUCCGCCUCUAGGAAGAAGGUGACCUUUAAGGAGCCAUUGGCCUUGCAAGAUAAUCCCUCCCAAAAGGAAGACACUAUUCUUAAAGAUGUAUCAAUCCUCCCAGUUAAUACCAGCUCACAGAUGUUCACCUCUCCCCCUGAAUCCAGAACAGCUAAAUCCCUCUCUGACAUCCUGUCUAUUGUGAACAAGUAUCAAACCUCAAAGAAGCACAGUGCUCGUAAAUCCAGUUCCAAAAAACGUGUCUCCGAUUGGCGGCGUAUAGCAAAGAAGGAGAUAACCAUACUGGAGAUUAUUGAUGAGGCCCAUUAUGAUCCAUUUUUCAACUUAUCAUACACCCAAGAUAUCUUCAAAUACAUGAAGGAGAGAGAGGAAAAGUUCAGACUUAAAAAUUACAUGAGCAAUCAGACUGACAUAAACAUUGAGAUGAGGGCCCUUCUUGUGAACUGGAUGGUGAAAAUGCAGAUUAACUGUGAUCUGAAUCAUGAGAGCCUCUACUUGGCAGUGAAGCUGGUGGAUUGCUACCUUAUGAAGAAAAUAUUCAAGAAAGAGAAGAUGCAACUCCUUGGUGCCACUGCUCUUCUGAUUGCAGCAAAACUUGAGGAGACCCACCCACCUAAGUUGGAGAAAUUCCUGCAAUUCCGUAAAGAGGUUUAUCAGCGACACGAGAUACUUGCCAUGGAAAUGAGCAUCCUGAGAACCCUCGAAUAUGAAAUCAACAUUCCUGUUGCCUAUCAGUAUCUGCGCAUGUAUUCUAUGAAUAUCCAUGUCGACAUAAAAACAGUGGUCUUAUCCCGAUUCAUCUGUGAGUUGACCCUGCAUGAAUAUGACUAUAUCCAGGAAAAGGGUUCCGAGCUAGCUGCUGCUUCCUUUUUCUUGGCCCUCUACAUGACGAAGCUGAAAAGCGUGGCUCAUUUACUGGAUUAUCACUUUGGCUACAAGCCCUCUGAUGUUUCCCUCUUGAUCAGAAAGCUUAACAAGCUGCUGAGUUUGUAUCCUUACCAUGAUAGGUUCAAGGCUGUGUGUUUCAAGUAUUCUCACAAGAACUUCUAUGAAGUCACCCAAAUUCCUGUCUUGAACAAGUUGAAGCUGGAGGAAAUUUUGAGCUCCCGCUAA